AUGAGUCUUGUAGUGUACAGUUCUUCAGAUUCGGAUCAUGAUGAAGAUAAAUCAGAAAAUAAAAAUGAUCGAGUUCGAUUAUUUCCUGAUGAAAGAGGAAAUUGGGCUUUAUCAAUAUAUGCAUUUGUGGAAUAUUCAUCACAUUUGGAUACAAUGAUUGAUGAUAUAAUUGAAAUAUUUAAUAAUGAAAAUGAAAUUUGGAAACGUUUAGUAGAAUUUCAUAUAAGUUUAUCAAAAACAUUUCCGAUUCGUUUUCAUCAUAUUGAAUCAAUACGAAAAUGUAUUCAAAAUGAAUUAUCAGUAUCGAUGAUAAAAUUUUACACUCGAAUCGAAAAUGUUCGAAUAUUAACGAAUGAAGAUGGUUCAACUUCAUUUUUAGUAUUUACUCUUGAUCAACAUCGACAAUUUUCUAAAUUAGUAGAAAUUAUUGAUAAAAUACUUGAUGAACAUCGAUAUCCGAAAUAUUAUGAGAAUCCAUGUUUUCAUGUUAGUUUUGCAUAUUCAACAGUCAAAAAUCGAGAAGAGAAAUUACCAAAAGAUUGGCAAGAACAAUGUCAGUCUGUUUUCAAACAAUAUCAAUGUCAACCAAGUGCGAUGAGUAUAUUAAUUGAUGAUAUCCGUUUAAAAGCUGGCAAACGUACUUAUCAAUUAACAAAAUCAUCAUAA